GUCACUCUGGUGGGGGCGGGGCAGCCCGCGCAGCGUGUGACGCCGCGGCCGCCGCGGCCGCCGCGGAUCUGGGGAUUAAUGGGAAAAGUUUUGGCAGGAGCCGGAGGAUCCUACGGAGCCCGCGGGACGGCGGCGGUGGCGCGGAGGGCAGCCACGACAGCGUUGCGUGGUGUUUUGGGGUAUGCACGUGGUACUCACUCAGUGGCUUCUUUUCACCGACAGAUGAGGACAGAUGCACCAAAGAGCAAAGGAUACUGCCUCCAGUCUGAAGGUUUCUUUUCAUGGCUUUAAGAGAAAAACCUCUCAGGAGCUCAGAAAAAAAGAUAUAACAAACAGAUUGAUAAGGAUACAAUGCGACAGAUGCUGUGGUGGAGAUGUGUGUGGGAAAACUGCCGGGAGGGAAGGAACUGCUAAAGGAAGCCUUUAGCCCUCUUCUAAAGGCUUUCAGAGGAGGCUGGUUAAUGGAGCCUUAAGAAAGGCUCAGGGUGAGCUUUUGGCAUCUGGGGUGGGCCUCGCAGGCUGGGCAGAAUUGCAGCAAGCUGAGAUGGUAUAGGAAGCACAAGUGUGAGUAAAGGAGCAGCAGCUCAGAUGUGAUUGGGGUAAUCAAGAGUAUUGUUUAUCUAUUGCUUCAUAACAAAUUACCCCAAAACUUAGUGGCGUAAAACAACAUUUAUAAUCUGGCAGUGUCUGUGGGUCAGGAGGCAGUUACACAAGGGCCUGAAUAUUAGGAGGCAGGUGUUUUGCAAGCCGUUUUAGAAGGCUGUCUCCAAUAGCAAGUUGCAGUGAGGAUGGGAUUGACUUGGAGCCGGCUGGAGGUGGGGUGGAGCCAUUAAUAUAGGUAAUCUUACAUGCUUGGCUGGGAGGUUGGGGUUGAUGUGAGAACAUGGGAGCCACAGAAGGCCUCUGAGCAGGAGAAUAAUGUGAUAGGCAUUAUCUAGGACAGUUAAUCUGCUAGGAUUAUACCAGACGUGUCAAAAUGGAGAGUGAUACACAGGCAGAGACUUAGAUUAGGAGAGGUCUGUAUUAACUGAAGUGAAAAGUUUCUGGCCUUUAGUAACAGUUGCUACGCAUGGAGCACCUUCUCUGUACCAUGUACUUUGGCUGUGUUUUCUCAACUCUUCUGUCUUAGAAACGACCACAGAAAGAACGUAUUACUGAUGUAUAUUGUUUGCAGGUGAGAAAACUAAGCCUCCAAGAGGUUAAGAAACUCACAUAUGGUGCACAACUAGUAAGUUGCAAAGUGGCCCUCAGGUCUGCCUGGCCUUGAGGACCGUGCCUUUGUGUGGCAGCGUGAGUGGAAAGGUGGGGAUGACUGUGGAGACACAGCCUUGGCCCUUCCCUGGAUGCUGAAGGGAGACGGAGGAGUCUGAUAGGUUGAUUUUUUGAACCUAGGUGGCCAGGACAAAGCUGACACUGUAACAGGAGGAAAAGAGGCCAGUGGGUCGCUGCUGUGGUGGGGGAAGGCUGACAGGAACUGCCCUGUAGAGGUCCAUCUGUGCUCAGACCCAGAAGAUGCCAGAGCUAUGACCGGGCCUGCAGGCGUGGUGCCGAGGGGAAAUCAGCCAUGGAGCAGCCACCGGAGGAAGCCCCUGAGGUCCGGGAAGAGGAGGAGAAAAAGGAAGUGGCAAAGGCAGAAGGAGCCCCAGAACUCAAUGGGGGACCAGGGCACUCACUUCCUUCCAGCAGCUAUACAGACCUCUCCCGGAGCUGCUCUCCACCCUCGCUGCUGGACCAGCUGCAGAUGGGCUGUGACGGGACCUCUUGUGGCAGCCUCAACAUGGAGUGCCGGGUGUGCGGGGACAAGGCAUCAGGCUUCCACUACGGUGUUCACGCGUGCGAGGGGUGCAAGGGCUUCUUCCGUCGAACAAUCCGCAUGAAGCUGGAAUACGAGAAGUGUGAGCGGAUCUGCAAGAUCCAGAAGAAGAACCGCAACAAGUGCCAGUACUGCCGCUUCCAGAAAUGCCUGGCACUGGGCAUGUCACACAACGCUAUCCGCUUUGGCCGGAUGCCAGAGGCUGAGAAGAGGAAACUGGUGGCAGGGCUAACGGCAAACGAGGGGAGUCAGCACAACCCCCAGGUGGCUGACCUGAGGGCCUUCUCCAAGCACAUCUAUAGUGCCUACCUGAAAAACUUCAACAUGACCAAAAAGAAGGCCCGUGGCAUCCUCACCGGCAAGGCCAGCCACACGGCGCCCUUUGUGAUCCACGACAUCGAGACAUUGUGGCAGGCAGAGAAGGGCCUGGUGUGGAAGCAGCUGGUGAACGGUCUGCCCCCCUACAAGGAGAUCAGCGUGCACGUCUUCUACCGCUGCCAGUGCACCACGGUGGAGACCGUGCGUGAGCUCACUGAGUUCGCCAAGAGCAUCCCCAGCUUCAGCGACCUCUUCCUCAACGACCAGGUGACCCUUCUCAAGUAUGGUGUGCAUGAGGCCAUCUUUGCCAUGCUGGCCUCCAUCGUCAAUAAGGACGGGCUUCUGGUGGCCAACGGCACUGGUUUUGUCACCCGUGAGUUCCUGCGCAGCCUCCGAAAGCCCUUCAGUGACAUCAUCGAGCCCAAGUUCGAGUUUGCUGUCAAGUUCAAUGCCCUGGAACUUGAUGACAGUGACCUGGCUCUCUUCAUCGCGGCUAUCAUUCUGUGCGGAGAUCGGCCAGGCCUCAUGAAUGUGUCACAGGUGGAGGCCAUCCAGGACACCAUCCUGCGCGCCCUCGAGUUCCACCUGCAGGCCAACCACCCUGACGCCCAGUACCUCUUCCCCAAGCUGCUGCAGAAGAUGGCUGACCUGCGGCAGUUGGUCACCGAGCAUGCCCAGAUGAUGCAGCGGAUCAAGAAGACGGAGACCGAGACCUCGCUGCACCCCCUGCUCCAGGAGAUCUACAAGGACAUGUACUGAGGACUUCUCUGUCGACCAGCCGCUGAGCACUGGGCCUGGUGGCCGAGGGGGAAUCACACACAGUUGGCCCGCCUCCCUCUCCCUUCCCCGGCUCCCUCCCUUCUCAGCUCCUCUGUCUUCUCUCAUUUCUUUGCUCUUUUUCUUCCUUCCUCUCUCACCCUCCCUUUCUCUCUCCCCAUCUCCGUGUCUGUCCCUCUUCCUCUUCCUGUGAGGCAGUUUGUGUUAUUUCACCAGCAGCGCAGAACAGCACCUCUGCUCGCCCCCCCCCACCCCUCCUGCCCUCCCGGCCCAGCAGGAGGGGCCGGGCCUGCCCUCUGCAUCAACAGUCCCCUUCUCCCGUCUUCAGUCUUCACUGCAAAGGACUCGAGCCAUCCAAAGAAACACUAAGCUCUCUGGGCCUGGCUUCCCAGGGAAGGUAAGCAGGGCCAGGGCUGAGUGCAGAGCGGCCCCUGGUCAGCGGGUCCCUGGCAGAGGACACCUCCCCCAGCAGGCAGGCCGGGCCUGGGCUGCGGCACACACCUCAGCCCCGCUGGCGACGACGCCCUUCCCUUCUUCUUUUCACCGGUCUCGCAGGCCAGUGUCACUGAUGGCCCCCCGUGCUGGCCGCUGGGGGACACGCGCCCAGCCUGGAUAGUGGUGGGGUUCCCUCCGGGUGGGGGUCCCUACACCCCAGCUGACGAGGAGCGAGCUUAAAGAGAGGCGGAGGGAGGUAGGGGAGAUGGUGAGCCAGAGACUUGCUUCUGAGCCCAGGCCCCGGGCGGGUCCCCCAUCAGCACCCCACUCUGUCUGCCCCUCUGCAGCAGCCACCGAGUCCUGCCUACGGGUGUCGGCACCGCGGUCCCCUGUCUCCCGCUGCGCCAGGGCCUGGCCUCACAUGCACCCCUCCGGGAGACUGGCAGUGGCUCCAGCCCAGCUGAAGCUCACGCCCCACACACACACUCCCUCCAGCCCACACACCACAAGCACUGAAAUCACUUUACCUGCAGGUUCCACACCCCUCACCCUCCCCUCCCUGAGGCAGGCAAGUGCCCAGAGGGGACUGCAGGUGGACGGGCAGAGCUGUGCCCCUGUUCUCAAGGCUAGCCCAGAUCCCUUGGUGGGCACAGGGUCCUGUGGACCCAGCCCAGCACCUGCUCACAGGGGAGGUACUGGGGAUAAACUGAUCCUGCUCGUUUGUGACACCCGUCUGUCCCAACAGCUCUGCUGCCCUCCUCUUUUCCUUGUAUUUGGCCCAGCUGGUCACCUGGAAUUCUCCCUGUACUGCCUCUGGUGACCAGGGACCUUGCUAGGCCCAGUCCCUCUCCUGACCCCGCCCCUCCCCCUCCUCCCCGUUCAUAAGCACUCACCCCAGAGGAGGGGCAGAGUCUGAGCAGAGGACAGAGAGCCUACCCAGGCUGCUUCUCCAAGAAGGAAACGGGUCUGGAGGGGUGAGGGGCUGGCUGGCGUCUCUGAGAAAGGUGGCGGGACAUGUGGGGUUAGAGCCCAGGCUUCCUGGGUUCUGUCUGGUUUUCCUUUCCGAGGGGCCUUUCCAUGACUGAGGAUCACUCUCUACUGGCAAGAUUCUCCCCUCCCCUCCCCUCCCCUCCCCUCCCCUCCCCUCCCCCGCCAUGUACCCCAUCCUCAUCCCCCUCCCCAGGUCUGGUACUGAGGAUACAGCUCUUCUCAGUGUCUGAACAAUCUCCAAAAUUGAAAUGUAUAUUUUUGCUAGGAGCCCCAGCUUCCUGUGUUUUUAAUAUAAAUAGUGUAUACAGACUGAUGGAACUUUAAAUAAAUGGGAAUUAAAUAUUUAAGAGUUGAUUUAAGCUAACUCAGCUUACAGUGUUUUUCCUGGGGGCUGAUGAGAACCCUCCCCCCCUUCCACAUCCAGUGCACAGAUGGGGAGACUUGGCCAGGCAAAUGAGACUGUGGGGUGCUGGCCCCAGUUGGGUGGUGGAGUCGGUUCUGGCUUGUGGGGCUGCCCGUCGUUCCCCCUCACCUCUUGCUCUGCUCACCAUUCCUCAGUCAGCAAGGUUUGUGGAGAACUGAGAAGAUGCCAUCCCACCCGGAGGGAGCAUUUGGGGUGGGAGGGGGAGAAAGGAUACACACCCUCUGAGAAGGGUGUGUGGAACCAUGGCACAAACCAGGUUUGGGGGUGAGGGCGUCUGGGAGGGGCUAAGAAGGGCCUGGGAGGAGGCAAGUCCUCCUGGGCCUUGAGUGGUAUGUGGGACUUGCACAGGUUUUUUGGGUUCUUUUGCCAUGCCACGCAGGAUCUUAGUUCCUCAACCGGGGAUCGAACCCAUUCCCCUUGGAGUGGAAGUGCAGCGUCUUAACCACUGGACCACCAGGGAAGUCCCUGGGACUUGCACAGUUUUACCCCACGAGACAUCAGGGCUUUCCUCUCCUUAGCUAACACCCCAGUUUUCUCCUUUACUUACAGUGGUGCCAUCUUCACAGACAAAUGAAUCAAAAAUUUAGACUAAACAAGAAGAAAGCAACCUUAAGAGAAUUAGAAGAUACCGUCUUUGUGAUAAUUCUGUAGAACUUCUGAAACUUAAAAAGGUUUAUUAUUAAAGGAAGAAAUGGGGUCCCAGGCUGGCAAUAUGCCUGAGGAGCCUGGAAGAAGCAGAUGCAAAACCUUUCUGGAGGACAGACACAGGCAGUACAGAACUCCCACAAAAUUACAAACAUGAAGAGACAGCCUGCAUGAAAAUAAAUAGAAUAAUGAGUGAAAUUAGAGCCCCAGGACAUCAAAAAGUAUAGCUAUUGAUUAUCAUAUAGGAGACAAGUUUUAU